AUUAGAACUGUUUCAAUUGUUUACACUAGGUUUAGAUAAAGUAUAACAUGUCACAAUGCAAGCCACUGUCAUUGCCCAACUUCUCAUGUCAAGAACCCUAAUAUAAAUAUACAUUUAUUGACUGUAACAUUCAUUACUUUAAAUUAAAACUGCCACGAAGUAAACAAUAGGCCUAUCCAAUUUUAAAAACAUCAACAAUAUUGUUACAGCUACAUUUAUAGUUUAAUUUAAAUAGCCUACUCAUAAGAAGUAAAUAAUGUUAUGUUUGUUUAUUAUUUUAAACAAAGAAAAAAAAAGUAGGCUAUAUUUGAGGUACGCAUUAAAAUUCAGGCCGAAAAGCAGCGCAUAAAUAUCCCAGAUAUUGCUGUAGGACCCUUAUCUGGCUGGAGUCAUGCUGGAUUAAGGGAAUUCACACAUAUCACCUUUGGGCCAUCCACACUUCAGUCGAGCACUGGCGCAGGACGCGUCAAUGGCCGCAUCCUAAUGGCCCGUCCCAGUAAACACGAGCUUUCUCACAUGUGUAUCUGGGACAACAAAAGAUUAGCAUUAUUCGCAAAUAUACAGCUGAGUUCAAAGGCACCGAGGGAGCAGACACUGUCUCUCUUCCUUCUUUUGUUUCAAAGGCGAGUUCACGAAAAGGAAAACAAGUUUAGAUUUAGGGCUAUAGCCUAUCAUUCCACGAUAUAGGCUCCUAUGUUCUUAUAAAACGAGCAUUUGGGUCAAUGUUUCAAUUAAAAUAAUUCUAAUAAUAAUAAUAAUAAUAAUACAGAUAGGCCUAUAUAAAAAUAAGAAAUGCAUUUAAACUAGGCUAUUUAAUAAUAACAGUAGGCUAGUCACAAUAAAAGGCAGAACAAGUAAGCCUAAAAGUGUGUAAAGUAGUCUAAAUAAAAAGCGAAAAACAAAGUCGCAGAUUUAAAAACAUUAAAUUAAUGAAUUAUUAUAGUCCAGUAUAAUAGCUUAAGUUGUGCUUAGUUUCUUAAUGAUGUCAUUUUAUUUUUUAUUUCAUUAUUAUUAUUUUACACAAAGGCCUGUAUCUUAAACAUUUUUCAGUGAGUGUAGACUUCCUUCAAGCACUUUAACACUUUGUAAUGUGCCACUAUGUAUGUCAAGAAUACUUUCCGUUUUGUGGCGACAAAUUAUCGGGCGCUAUUAGGGUGCGAUGGGCCUGGUCUCGCGCUCCGGGUCACGCCCCGUAACAGCAGGAGCUCAGUAUCGGGCCUUUAAAAAGGCUCCGGGCGCGUUAAAAGGGCAGAUUGAAACGUGCUGUCAAAGCAUCGUAACCCAACGGGAUUUGGUGAUUUCGGACUUUACUCAAGGUUUAUUUUAUCGGAAAUAUGUCUUCCUCAAGUCCCGAUCAGCGCCUGGACCACCUUCUGAGCGCCGUGGAGAGCGAGUUUCAGAAGGGCAGCGAGAAAGGCGACGCGUCCGAGCGGGAUAUUAAACUUUCCCUUGAAGACGCGGAGUUGUGGACCAAAUUUAAAGAACUUACCAAUGAAAUGAUUGUCACUAAGACUGGAAGGCGAAUGUUUCCCGUGCUCAGAGCCAGUGUCACCGGCCUGGACCCCAACGCAAUGUACUCGGUCCUGCUCGACUUCGUGGCGGCCGAUAAUAACCGGUGGAAAUAUGUGAACGGCGAAUGGGUGCCUGGCGGGAAACCCGAACCUCAGAGUCCGAGCUGCGUCUACAUCCAUCCAGACUCACCCAACUUCGGCGCGCACUGGAUGAAAGCGCCCGUCUCUUUCAGCAAAGUCAAACUCUCCAAUAAACUCAAUGGAGGAGGACAGAUUAUGUUGAACUCUUUGCACAAAUAUGAACCCAGGAUUCACAUAGUGAAAGUCGGUGGGAUUCAGAAAAUGAUCAGCAGUCAGUCUUUUCCUGAGACCCAGUUUAUUGCAGUCACAGCUUAUCAGAAUGAAGAGAUUACAGCUCUGAAGAUCAAGCACAACCCAUUUGCCAAAGCAUUCCUGGAUGCCAAAGAAAGAAGUGACCACAAGGAAGUCCCUGACCACAGCACUGACAAUCAGCAAUCUGGAUACUCACAACUUGGUGGCUGGUUCCUGCCCAGUAACGGACCUAUGGGCCCCAGCAGCAGCCCUCCUCAGUUCAGUGGGGCCCCUGUUCACUCCUCCGGCUCAUACUGUGAGAGAUACUCCAGCCUGAGGAACCACAGAGCCGCUCCGUAUCCCAGCCAUUACCCCCACCGCAGCACUACCACCAAUAACUACAUGGACAACUCUUCAGGAAGUCUUGCUUCUCAUGAUAGCUGGUCAGCCCUGCAGAUACCCAACUCCAGCGGCAUGGGCACCCUGGCCCACACCACCAACACUACCUCGAACACCAGCCAGUACCCAAGCUUGUGGUCCGUUGCGGGGACGACCCUCACCCCAUCGGGCUCAGCAUCAGGGUCCAUCACGGGCGGCCUGACGUCUCAGUUCCUGCGCGGUUCUUCGGUGUCCUAUUCUGGGCUGACCUCUUCUCUGCCCGUGUCCUCUCCCUCCUCUAUGUAUGAUCCAGGCCUGAGCGAGGUUGGUGUGGGAGAUGCCCAGUUUGAGAGCUCUAUCGCCAGGCUUACAGCAUCCUGGGCGCCGGUGGCACAGAGCUACUGAGUUCCAGAUGAAGCGCCUGCUUUAAUUCCAACUGAGACUCUGUGACUGAUGGUGCAAUAUGGGACUUGAUCUGAGGUGAAGAUCCUACAAAGGCUGGCCUACUUCCAGAGGAAAUCUAGAAGAGCUUCUCGCCGUUUUGACAAUCAGAAAACGGGUCCAUUUAAAAAAAAAUCACGCGUAUGAUAUUGUGGUAUGCGAUAACACAAUCAAGAUCGGAUAAAAGACAAUCACUUAAUCGUAGAGUAUCUAUAUUUACAAAAACCAUCAUCUGCCAAAAAAUGGGGCCAAUUAUGGUGUUUAUUCUUUAUUAUAUUAUCUAAAAGAUUAAUAAGACCAAAUCGUGCUGUUGACUCACUAAAAUGUAUAUGUGUGUAAAUAAAUAGAAAUUAACGACCAUUUUCAUUGUAUUACAGUAUGUAACUGUAACAGUCUUACCUGUGCUUUCUGUACAACAAGAGAAAGACAGACUUUGCUGUUUAGUUUAAAAUGGUGAAAACGGUUUUAAAAAAAAGUGACCCUGUAGUUAUGUCUGCAAUCCGUCCUAUAGAGAAAUCAUUUGUACAUAUCUAUCUAUUUGUAUUUGUUGGACUCUUUGUGAGUUUUAUUUAUGUCAUUUUAAUAAUAAAUUAAAUUUCUUUUUUUUCCCUGUCAAACACUUGCCAGUGGUCUUUACUUACUUAUUUGUCGUAUUAUUAACAUUUGGUUUAUUCAAAAGGGACUUUUACGCACAAAUCUUGACAUUGUAAGGAACAAAAAAUAACACACUGCUAUAAUU